GGACUUACUGAGCUCAACCUGAACAACCACACCAAGCUGGACUCUGACCUCAUCGAGGAGCUCAUUGUAGCGCUCACAGACAACAUUCAUUUGGAGAGACUGCAAAUGGCAAAUAUUCGAUUCUCCGAAGACCACGCAUUCGCCAUUUUCAAAGCUCUCUCGCUUUCUAAAAAUGAACAUUGAUGGUACCAUUUGAAACGUCUCAUUCUAAGCUUUCAGAAAAUCAUUGAAAUUGAAUCCAUGGAAUUCAAGUUAUGGCGACUGAAAGAAUCGGGAAUAUAGAGGAUUUCCAGUUUUGGCGUGAUCGUCUGCUCACGGUAGCUCGGCAGUACCCACAGCUGACGGUUGCUAUGAGCAACGAGAAGGAGUACGAAAAAGAGCUGGCAGAGAUGGGUAUCGCAGACAGGGGAGACGAUGUUUCCAUGGUCAUGUGGGCGGGGCCCAAAGAGAAAUAUUUGAAGAAUGAGGAAGAGGAUUUCAACGACUUUAUUGAGGAUUACUUAGCUGGAGAGUUGAAGCCUUUCAUACGCUCCCAACCUAAACCCAAGAAGGACAAAGGUCCGGUGGUGACUGUGGUGGGCUCCACGUUCCAAGAUAUCGUACUAGACUCCUCCAAACACGUUCUCAUUGAAUUCUACGCCCCAUGGUGCGGUCACUGCAAGAAACUGGAGCCUGAAUACAAGGACCUGGGCAAGAAGUUUAAGAAGAAUAAAGAGGUCGUGAUUGCAAAAUUCGAUGCAACUGCAAACGAUGCUCCGCCUGAUUUCGAGUAUACUGGAUUCCCGACUAUUUUCUUCGUAGGUACUGGCAAUGAGGUGGUCCUGUACGAGGGUGAGAGGGAUACGAAGACAAUGGCCUCCUUCAUCAAGAAGCAGCUCAAGAUAAAGAAAGAUGAACUAUGAGAUUAGGUCUAUUGAACUCUAUAGGCAAAAACUUUAUUUUGUUAUUUUUGUAUACAAUUUUACAGAUCAUGUUUUAGAUGAUUUCCCUAUACACUAAUUUAAAAUCGUGCAUGUAAAAUUAAACUUUUGGUGUCCGAUUACUUACAACUUGUAAAUUAGAGGAUUCUCUUUUUCCCUGUAGAGUGUUUGAUGUGUUGAUAAGAUUUUCUUUCGAACUUG